AUGCCGCAGAAGACAUUGAAGACCAGCUCCCGUGGAGAUUGCCAGCCGAGGCUUGUGAACAUCACGCUGGUCGUGUGGAUCGUGUGGCUCUACCAGCGAAGGUAUGGCACCUUGCCUCGAGAGUUAGACGAGGCCGGAAAGCAGGAGAUUUUUUCACUGCUCCGACAGCAGCUCGAGGAAGAGAAGGGAACUCUGGCAGCAGACUUCCAGCUCAAGGAGGACAUGAGGAAGGAGGCCCUUGAGAUCGCAGACGUGUCCUCACGGCUGCAGGAGCGCCUCUUCCUUACCGCAGAGCCCGGGGCUGCUGGGCCUCUGAAGAAGCUGCAGCAAGUGUUGCGCGACACGCUCCAGCAGGUGAUGCGCGAGAAGUCGUUGAUCGACCUGAGGGAUGCCCAGCUCGAGAGGAGCUUCCAGGAGACACGCCAGGACUUGCGCGACGCGGUCUUUGAAACCCAGGCUCCGCAGCAGCUGGUGGACGAUGUGGUAUUUGGCCCCCUGACUAGCACCGCCAGCGGCCUCUUGGCUGGCCUUGACUUGGCCAUUGCCGCGCAGGCAAUGCUCUUUGCGGUGCUCCUCACGGCCACCAAGCAAGCACUUCCCGGCUUCGACAAGGCGGCAGAGACCCGCGGGGAGCCGAACGAGGAGAGCAAGAGCAGCGAGCGAGGCAGCAAGAGCAAGUCCAAGAAGUCCCAGACGGCCGAGGCGCCCAAGGAGGCGCCCAGCAACCCAAAGGCCAAGGUUGUGCUCCGAUUCUACGGGCGCUGGGACAACGAGGACAGCUGGGUGCUGCUCCAGUCGGUGCCUUUGAAGGGCAUCGCUGGGACUUUGGUCGGGGCAGUGCGCGGCUCUCGUGCCGUGGUUGGCAGCAAAUUGUCCAACCGCAUCCUCACAGCACUGGUCGCACGCUCUGCACGAGGGAUGGUCCAACGGCGAGGAUGGAAACCCAUCGUGGAGAAGACCAUGGAGGAGGUUGGAAGAGACUUCUGCUUGGGCUAUCUCGUGGAGCCCUCCGCAGCCUCCGCGACCCCGCGGAUCUCGGUGCUCUCCAGAGGGAAGCAUGUGGAGGAGGUGCCGAACGCACGCAUCCUGCGGUCGAAAUGA